ACGUCAGGUCGGACGUUGGCAUAGAGUGAAACAAACAUGGCGACAGACUCGAGUGGACUGGGCUUUCCUCUGACUUUAUUCGUGUUUUUGUGCGUGUUGGCGGGAAGGGAGGCCGAGGCAGCGACUCGGGAGUCCAAGGGCGGCACUCAGAUAUUUGGGAUGCGGCUGGAGAAGAGCGACAAGCCGGCCGGGAUGACCAAUGACGGGAUGAUUCAGGUGACCGAGGGCAGCCAGAACCUCUUCAGGUUCUACGGUACCCACUUGUUACCCAACAGCUCGGAGCUCAUCAGGUUCGCCGAACUUGAUGAAGUCGAGCACCGGUCUCUUAACAGGACUUGUCCCGAACACUCGAAUGGUAUGUUAGUGAAAGGGCGCAUGCAGGUAAACUACCGUAACAACGCCGGGGUUGUCAACAUCACCGUGAAUAAGCUUCGAAAAAACGAAGAUAAGAAAGUGUUCGGAUUGUGCAUCCUCGACCCCCAGGAGAACAAAUGGUUUCUUCUGGAAGAGAAGGAGUUAAGAGUUCUGGUGGUGGAGGAGGAGAGCACGUCCCUGCUGCCCCUUUGGCUGGAGGUGAUCCUCAUCUGCUGCCUGUUGGUGCUGUCCGGGAUGUUCAGCGGGCUCAACCUGGGGCUGAUGGCGCUGGACCCCAUGGAGCUCCGCAUCGUGCAAAGCUGCGGCACGGACAAGGAGAAGAAGUAUGCCCGGAGGAUCGAGCCCAUCCGCAGGAAGGGCAACUACCUGCUGUGCUCGCUGCUGCUCGGGAACGUCCUGGUGAACACUACCCUCACUAUCCUCCUGGACGACCUCACCAAGUCCGGACUCGGAGCUGUGGUCGCCUCCACCGUCGGCAUCGUGAUCUUUGGAGAGAUCGUGCCCCAGGCGCUGUGCUCCAGACACGGCCUGGCAGUGGGUGCCAACACCAUCCUGCUCACCAAGCUCUUCAUGCUGCUCACCUUCCCCUUGUCUUGGCCCAUCAGCAAGAUCCUGGACUGCGUUUUGGGCCAGGAGAUCGGAACUGUAUAUAACCGGGAGAAGCUGGUGGAAAUGCUGAAAGUAACCGAACCCUACAACGACCUGGUGAAAGAGGAGCUCAACAUGAUCCAAGGCGCGCUGGAGCUCCGGACCAAAACGGUGGAGGACAUCAUGACGCCUCUGGGCAACUGCUUCAUGAUCAGCAGCGACGCGGUGCUGGACUUCAACACCAUGUCGGAGAUCAUGGAGAGCGGAUACACGCGAAUACCCGUCUACGAGCACGAGCAGUCCAACAUCGUGGACAUCCUCUUCGUCAAAGACCUGGCCUUCGUGGACCCGGACGACUGCACCACCCUGAAGACCAUCACCAAGUUCUACAACCACUCGGUCCACUUCGUCUUCCAUGACACCAAGCUGGACGCCAUGUUGGAGGAGUUUAAGAAAGGAAAGUCCCACCUUGCCAUCGUCCAGAAGGUGAACAACGAGGGCGAGGGAGAUCCGUUCUACGAAGUGUUGGGGUUGGUCACUCUAGAAGACGUGAUCGAGGAGAUAAUUAAAUCAGAGAUUCUGGAUGAAUCUGACCUUUACACUGACAAUCGCACCAGGAGGAAAGUUGCACCUGAUAAGAACAAGAGAGACUUUUCUGCCUUCAAACACGAGAGCGAAUCGAAGGUGAAGAUCUCUCCUCAGCUGCUGCUGGCCGCGCAUCGCUUCCUGGCCACAGAAGUGAGCUUGUUCAGUCCGGCUCAGAUCUCUGACAAGGUUCUGCUGCGGAUCCUCCGCCAUCCUGACGUCAUCCAGGAGAUCAAGUUCAACGACAACGACAAGCGAUCGCAUCGUCACUACAUCUAUCAGAGAGGCAAGGCGGUCGACUACUUCAUCCUCAUCCUGCAGGGUCGAGUGGAGGUGGAGGCCGGAAACGAGAACAUGAAGUUUGAAGCCGGAGCUUUUUCGUAUUAUGGCGUCAUGGCGCUCAAUGCUUCCACUCUGGUGGCCGCGCCGCGCCCUCGCCUCCUCUCCUUUAAGAGGUUUUCUCUGUUCUCUCGGUUGCCAGAGUUUCGCUCGCCGUCCCACCUCAGCGGGUUGAACCGGACGGCGUCUCUGAGUGGAACGGACCGGACCGACUCCCUGGCCGUCAGCGGGAGCAACAGCCAGCUCAACAGCAGCAUGGCUUCGCAGCACUACAUCCCCGACUUCAACGUCCGGGCGCUCACCGACCUGCAGUUCGUCAAGAUCACACGCUCGCAGUACCAGAAUGGCCUGAUUGCGUCUCGCCUGGACAGCACGCCUCAGUCCCCAGAGAGCUCUCUCUACAACCCGGAGGAGAUCACGCCCCCGGCAGCCAUCACCAUCACGGACCUGGGAGCAGACUCCGCCAUCAUGGAGAACGGCACCGACGAGAAGACGCUGCUGCUGCUGCUGAACGAGCAGACGCCGCCGCCGCCGACGGCGAACCACCAUCACAACCACCUGGACAACAGUGUCUGACCCCGAGCUUCCCCUCCCCUCCAGGGGGGGGCGCUGUCAGCACCAAACACACCUUAAAGUCCCAAAGAGACAAGCCAUGCACGCAUAUGAUGUAAAUAUGCGGGAAUUCAAAAUACCAAACAAACACUGAUGAGCCAAAACAUUACAGCCACUUAAAACUGUUGACCUGGAUCAUUUUAGUUCUUUCAGAUUGAAAGUAGAAGAGUUUCAUAUCAAUAAUUCAGCAA